AUGGGUAUCCCAUCCUCAUUACCCGCAAACCCUAACCCCAGCCCCAGUCCGCCAUUACCUCAGUCCCCACCACCACAAACGCCGCCAUUACCACAAUCACCACCACCUCAGUCACCGCCCCCGCCUCCAAGCCAAAUACCACCUCUCAUUCCGCCGACUCCCCUCUCGCCGCAAUCCGAGCCGCCAAAUGAAACACCAAUUACCGACACCCAUUCCCCAGAACCAACGCCUGACCCUGUUCCUACCCAAACAAAAACAAAAGGGAAAACAAAAAGCGCAGUAGACUCAAAGAAACCACUCGGAAAAAGGAAAGCAGUACCCUCUGUCCCUUUCGACUUAAACUCUCCACCUCGAUCCUCUGAACCGGAUUAG